AUGGCUGAUGAAAUAUUUAACCAAGCUGAUAUUAAUAAAGAUCAACGACUUGAUUUCAAUGAAUUUCGCAAUCUUCUUGCUCAAAAUCUAGGAUUUGGAGGAGCGAUUUUUGCUAACAAUGUUGUUGAUGGAGGUCAAUAUGCAACAGGUUCCUACGAAUCUGGAUCGACGUCAGGUGCCUACGGCGAUUUAAAUGCCAAUGCUGCUGGAUAUGGUGGCAGUGUAGCAACAACGACGAACAUUACCGGAGCUAAUAAUGCAGUCGGUGGUAAUGCAAGUUAUAGUUCUUAUGAACAAUCAUCUUACUCAUCGCCAGCAGGUGGCGGUGUUUCAGGUGGAUUUGAUGCAACUGCAACAACUGAGGCUGAUGCAACAAAUGCAGUUGCCGAAGCGUCAUCAUCAUCAACAUUUGAAGCAACGAGUAGUCAACAACAAAUUCAACAAUAUGCUACUAGUCCUCAAGGACUUUUUCAAGAUCCUAAUCCACAAAUUAUCAGGCGUCCAGCACAAACUGGCCAAGUAACUUAUACACAGAACGUUAAGAUUCGUUUUCUUCAACCUCCACCUAUUCCACCACCAGGCCCAUUGAUCAUCAAAGAAGUUCGUCCACCUCAACCACCACCACCACCACCAUUGGUGGUACGCCAACGAGCUCCACCACUGCCUACACCACCACCACUGAUACUUCGCGAACGCCCACCUCCAAUUCCAGCUGCUGUUGGUGCUCAAACUGUUAUUCGAAAAUUACCAGCUCUUCCUAUUCCACCACGUUCAGUUAUCAUCGAACGAUUACCACCGCUUCCACCAAAGCCACGCGAUAUUAUCAUUGAACGUUGGAUUCCCUAUGGAGCCAUGAGUCAAAGAAAAACAAUUGUUCAACGUGCUGAAGCUGUUAAACCCUAUCCAAAACCACGUAAUAUUAUCAUUCAAUACGAAGCACCACAAGUACGUGUUGUUCGACAAUUUCAACGUCUUGGUAUUGCUCCCGAAAAUCCACAAGAAUAUAUUCAACGUUAUGGUGCAUCGCUUAUUGAUGCGCACUCUUUACUUCAACAAGCGCGUGCUGCUGGUGUUAUUGAAGAUAUUUCACCGCCAGGAAAUGUCGCUGCAACAGGAAGUUCAUCGUCGUUCAAUGCUGAGUUUGCAAAUACAACUGCAGGUGUUGAAACAACUGUGGGAGGAGGUGCUGGUGGUGCUGUUUCAUCAUCAUCAUUUGAAUCAUCAAAUUUUGGUGGUCAACAAGGUGAUGCUGCUUUUUCAGGUUAUGAAUCAGGUCACGGCGGUAGCACUGGAGAUUUAGCAUCAGGGUACGAAUCAGCUUCAUUUUCGACGCAAGGUGUUAGUACAUUUGGUGAUGUCGACACAUCAGGCGGCUAUCAAACAUACAAUGUUUCAAAUGGUAGCAAUAUGGAUCUAACUAAUAUUGCAUUUAAAAAUGCUGACUUAAAUAAAGAUGGAAGUCUUGAUGUUAAUGAAUUUCGUCAAUUCAUUAAUGCUCGAUCUCAAUAA